AUGAUCCACCACGUCGAGCCUAGCCCGGUCUGCGAGGACCUCGUCCUCGCCGUCCUCGCCAAGUUGCCUUCGCGCGAGCUCGUCCAGGCCCGCAACGUCUCGCGCGCGUUCCAGGUCCUCGCCGACGAGGUGUUGCGCAAGCGCUUUGUCGACAUUGCCGAGAGCCGCUCGACCCAGCUCAUCCUCGAGUCGUGUGCACCGUACGAGCAGCGAGCGCAUCACCGCAAGCCUCUUUCCUUCUCGCACUUUGCGCCGUCGACCAGCGUCUUCUCCGGCAACGUCGCCCUGUUCGCCGUCGACUCGGCGGCGGGCGAGCCCGAGCCGCUCCACCUCGCGCUAGAGGACGGCGACGUCUUCCAGCAGAGCAUCCUGUCGGUCCACCUGCGCGCCGCACCGCCGAAGCAGCCGGUUCCCGUCAGCUCGGCACCGACGGCGCACAACGUCGACGACAUCGCUAUGGUCGACGAGACCGACCAGCCUGUCGCAGCGCCACGCUUCAUCGACUACGCCUGGACCCUCGACGUCGCCUCGUCGCUCGACCGGUUCUUCCGCUCGUGGUUCCUCGAGUCGGCCAGCGAGGCCUCGUCCGCCUCCUCGUCGCCGUCCACCUCGCGUGACACGUCGCGCGAGUCGUCGCCUCAGCCACCGUCGCCGUCGCGCGACACGCGCCGCCGCCAGCUCGGCUCGCCGGCGUACAACCCCACCGGGCGCUCGGCCCUCCUGUCGGCGUCCAUCUCGUGCGUCCAGGUGCCGCUCGACAGCAUCUCGCCCGAGGGCGACGAGGCCGACGUCCUGUGGGCGCUCGCGUCCCGCAACGGCGGCGCGUCGUCGUCGUCGUCGCCGUCGUCGUCGCCCGGCACUCGGUUCGGCUCGCCGGCGAGCUCGGCCUCGUCCUCGCGGUCGUACGAAUACUUCUUCGACGAGGUCGCGCUCGACGUCGGCAAGGUGGUCGUCCUCGCCGAGGAGGGCCUGCCCGGGUUCGCGAGGGAGACGAGCGCAAGCGAGUUGGGCACUCGGGCGGGAGCGAGGGUCCUAUCGCUCUGA